AUGGCACAAGUACAGCGCCCGUUGAUCAUUCAGUCACGUGUUAUUAGAGCUUGCUGCCCACCUCUAGCGCGCAGGUCGCUUUUCUCUAGAAGAAGAACACAACAGCUACACACUAGGACAGUCACCGAUCAUGACAUUUCACACCUUGCGAGCCUUUCUUUAUACCCCUUGACACUCGCCGAUCUUGUAAAACAUGGGAGACCUCCUCUUACAACCCAGCAAUUGCUCACCUCCGCAAACUUCACACUCUCAAUCUUGCCUGCACGACUUGCGCAUCGUAUACAAUCGCUGCGAAACCUACCCUUCAUCGUGGUCUCGAACCCUCACGUGUCGAAGAUCCACGCCAACUACAUACACAGCCUGUCGACGUUGCUACCAUGGGCAGAACACGAGAUCACGUCGCUCGAAGACGAGAUCAAGUUCACAGAGGCCAUGGCUGACCUUGUACAAACGCACGCAAACACCAUUAGCAUAUUGGCGAGAGGGUUCUUGGAGGCGAGAAAGUACAUCAGCCCCAGGGACGUGACACGCUUCCUGGACGAACAUCUGCGUGCACGUAUCGGCACGCGCCUGAUUGCCGAGCAGCACCUAUCACUGCAUUUCUCGAGCCAACCACACGCCGAGGUCAUGCACGAGUCGGAUGAGACACCAGGAUUCAUCGGCGUGAUCGAUACCAAGCUGAAGCCAGCACGAAUCGUCGACCAUUGCGCGAACGUAGUCGGCGAGAUCUGCGAGCUCAAAUACGGCGUCCGACCCAGCGUAGUCAUCAACGGUGAACCAGACUACACAUUCGCCCACGUCCCCGCCCACCUCGAAUACAUCAUGACCGAGCUCCUCAAAAACGCCUUCCGCGCAACAGUAGAGAACGGCAAGGAACGCGAGCCCAUUGAAGUCACGAUUGCGCCCAAAGAUUUGCACGGAGCCACUAGUAGCGAGGAAGAUUUCAACGCCAGGAACUCGCGCCUGCGAAACACAAAUCAAGGCAACACGGAUAUCGCAUCACAGAGCUUCACAGGUGCCCUCACCUCCUCGUCACCCAAGUCUGACGCCCAGAUCCUUCCGCUGAAGCACAGCACGCCCGGUGUCACGAUCCGUAUCCGCGACCGCGGCGGCGGUAUCUCACCGGAGAACCUUGCGCAUAUCUGGGACUACAGUUUCACGACCUUCAACGAGGAUCAGGCGUCCUCUACACUCUCAGGAGGCGGCUCAGGCAGCGGUAUGGACGCUCUGAACGCGAUGACCGGCCCUGGUGGUGAUGGGGCACACAGUCUGGCUGGGCUGGGAUAUGGAUUGCCGCUGGGCAGGGCUUAUGCGGAGUACUUCGGUGGAGGCAUCGAGGUUAAGAGUUUGUGGGGGUGGGGAACGGACGUCUAUCUUAAGUUGAGGGGCGUGGGGAGGGUGGACCGAGAUCGAGAAUAG